AUGCCGCUUGAAUCAACGAUGAUCUGUUUGGACAAUUCGGAAUGGAUGCGUAAUGGUGACUAUAUUCCCUCCCGUCUCGAAGCUCAGCAUGAUGCUGCUAAUCUACUAUGUGGUACAAAGACUCAAGCGAAUCCAGAGAGUACCGUAGGCGUGCUAGCGAUGGCUGGGAAGAGUAUUCAAGUAUUGGCCUCUCCAACCGAUGAUAUGGGAACUUUACUAAGUGCGAUUCAUCGUGUGGAAAUUGGGGGUGCAAUGAAGCUUGCAAAUGCUAUUCAAGUAGCACAACUUGCUCUUAAACACCGACGUAAUAAGACAGGUGGUCAGCGUGUUGUGGUAUUCAUCGGUUCACCUAUUGAAGAAGAUGAGAAACAGCUGACAAAGAUUGGCAAAUUGCUUAAGAAGAAUAAUAUUGCUGUUGAUGUGGUGAGCAUGGGAGAGCUGGAGGCUAAUGCUGCCAAAUUGCAAGCAUUCGUGGAUGCAGCUAGCAGUAACAACAACAGUCACCUCGUGACGGUACCGGCGGGGCGGGGUGGUGGUGGUGGUGGUGGUGGCAACGAUUCGUUUGCCGAGUACGGCGGCGUGGACCCGACCAUGGACCCUGAACUAGCCUUGGCCCUUCGUGUGUCGAUGGAAGAGGAACGAGCCCGCCAGGAGGCUGCCCAAAAGCGUGCAGCGGAAGCUGAGGCUGCGGUUGCUCCGGCUACAGUUCCAAUUCCUGAGCCUCCUGCACCAUCCACAGAAGCCACGUCGGCACCAGUGGAGCCUAAGCAACCGACACAGACGUCAGCGUCCGAGAGUGCAGCGGCUGCUGCCCCGGCUGCCACAUCAGCGCCACUUCCAGUACCAGCGUCCAACUUGCCGUUUAUGGACCCUAAAUUCGUCAACUCUCUGCUUUCAGGAUUACCUGGCGUGGACCCAAACGAUCCAAAGAUUCAGGCCGCUAUGGCACAAAUGGCAAAGAAGGACGAGAAGAAAGAUGGCGACGAAGAGAAAAAAGAAGACAAGUAG